UGCGCCAAAAUUACUCUUCUGAUCAUUGGAUGAUUGCCACAUAUCAAGUACAUGUAUAUCUAUGGGGCUCACGGUGGGUGUGACCGGUCAACAGGGAAUGUUUACUCCACCUUGGCACCUGAUCCCACCUCUGAUGUGUCCAGGGGUCAGUGUUUGCCCUAAUCAUACUUUAGAAUUUCUUAUAGCUAUAGGACUUAUGAGAUUGAUCACUGUUCGUUAUCUUCACCUCAUCAUCAAUAGGAGAAAAAUUCCUAAUGUGGAAACUUUUGACAAUGACAAUUUUCCCCAUGAAAAUUAUUCUCAUGCCAAUUUUACUUCACAGUAGUUAAUUAUCAUUGGCCAUACAUGAUUUCUUCAAGGGAUGGACGCACCCUGAUGUUGUUCCUUUGACCUAUACCAGAACUAGACGAUCGUGUUAAAAGGACGCAGCUAGGGAUAAUACAAGGAACAGACUUUUCAUUUAUGCAUUUUUAAAACCCAUUUAAAGUGCUGGCAAAAUGUCUGAUUUUGCAUACCCUGGUGUUCGUAAUGAUUAAACAGAUCUGACUGUUCCUAAUGCUAGUGUACACUAGGCACGUGAAGAUAUUCUUGUUUACUUUGUGAAUAUUAAAACACCAUGCACUUUAACAGCUCCCUGCUAUGAAUACUGAUAGAAGCUGGUCAUGACAGAUGCCUCAGUGUUGCGAGAUUUCACCCAGCCUGAUGAGUUAAGCGACUUAACUCUGGUGAUUAGCGGUACCCCACUCCACGUUCACAAACAGUACCUGGCCGAGUGGUCACCUGUGUGGCGUCAGAUGUUCCUGGAGGAAUGUUCCAGUCCCCAGGGUCUCCAGGAAAUCUUAAUGCCGGACAAAAACUUACUGGAAGUUACGGAACUGUUGCACAGUAUCUAUUCAACACAGAAGCCCAUCUCAGAAACAAAUGUCAAAUUCCUACUAGAACUGUCAGAGGAAUUCCAAAUAAACCGUGUGAAAGAGCGAUGCGAACAGUUUCUUGUGAACCAAGAAAGAUCGCUAGGUAUUCUAGUUCUGGCAGAAAAAUACAAACUCAGAUCCCUAUACAAGCGCUGCAUGGAAUACGCCAAAACCAAGACUCUAGAGGAGCUAGACUCCAGUCCGGAGUGUAAAAAACUAUCACAGGAGACAUUAUUACAGAUUUAUCACGACAAGAUCGAUAUGCUGCGGGAAUAUUCGAAGGACUUGACACAAAGAGACAGAAAAACUAAACAGGAUUGCGAGACGCUGCGAAUGGAAAAAGAAAACAUGAAGAGAAGUUUACAGAGCAUACAAAAACUGUGGGAGGUCCCCAGCAAGAGAUGUUUCAGACACAUCGCCGACAGCGCCUUCAAUUACAGCUGUCCGGAGUGUAACGAAAAAAUCUACUUUGAGAUUCGAAAACUGUGUGGGGAAGGUCAACAUCUCCGGCGAUACUUUCCUAAAUCCCAAGAAAAAAAUUCAUAGAUGAAACCGUUACCCUAAAGAUCAAAUUUGUAUGGAACAAGUACCCAUAAAAUACAAAUCUAGGAUCUGGUAUUUAAAGGGACUAGUUCACGAUUUUUGAUAAAAAUAUUUUUCAUUUUUGAUGGUAAACAUUAAAAAUAUAACUCAUUUAAUAUGGACAGCCAAAAUUUUGACCUUCUGAAUGCAAGAAUAAGAGCAAUAUUUUAGCCUUAAAUCUGUGUUAUGUAAACAAAGACUCGAGUCUUUUUAUGUAUUCAAACAAACAAGUAAAAUAUUGAUUUUGUAAUAUAAAGCAUCUCAAUUUUGUAUAGUCACAAAUUUUAACUUUUAGAUUACACAUUUAUCCCAAACAUGCUUGAAAUGUGAAAUAUAUAAUAAACUUAGAUUGAUAUCCAUUUCUUUUGAAAAUUUCAUAAACAAUAACAUACCGCAAUCUUUGUUUACAAAACAAAUAAUGAACUCUCUAAAAUGAGCUUCUGUGAUAAUGUAUAACCUUAAUUUUAAUGUGAACUCUUUUAAACACAUUAGACAGUAGAUUUUGAUCAUUAAAAGUGAAAAAGAAAAUUUUGGGGGAAAUCGUGAAUGAGUCCCUUUAAAGUGCUGAAACAUCAAAACAACUACAACAGCAUUUACAGACAAAUGGAACAUCAUUGUUCUCUGCAUUGUCUUUAUACACAAUUCAUGUAUAGCAGUAGUUUGGAAAUCAACAGAUUUCGAAGUUCUAUUUGCUGUACAUUAUGAAAAUAGCGUUAAUUGAUCUUGUUUGCAAUAUCAUAGUUAGGUAUGAGUCAGAUAUAUUAUGUUACAUCAUUAUAAGGACCAAUUUUCACUCAUUAUUAAGACAACUUGCUAUAAACAAACUCUUUCCAUUACUGAUGAAAAAAAAUACUAAAUUUAUGUUUAUAUAAGGAAAAUGAAUAAAUUUUACUACAUGGAAUUUAA